UUCAUUACAUUGUUUUGGCUUUUUUUUUUUUCCCUCACAGCCGCAGACGCUUUAAUUCUGGCUUUUGAGAAGUCAAAGUGUCCUUCUACGGAUUAAGGAAGUGGAAUGAAAGUUUCACUAAUCAUUAAGAUCAGUGCCAUCCAGCUCACCAUGAACAACCUGCUGCAUGAGGCCACUAAAGGGACCAGUGCCUACCAAUCAGUGCAGACUUCAUCACAUCAUAGAUGCCACUUAUUGCCUUUACCAGUACAUGCCUGACUGUUAUAAGGACAAUAAAACUUCAGUUGAAACAAAGGAGCCAUGCAUCAGCUCUUGAUCCUUACUGUUUUUUGGUUGCUGCCCAUGGUCUUCAUGCUGGACAAGGACUCACCUCUAGACUGUAUCCCCCGCAAAACUGUGCCCUACCACUCGGAAAAUGCUCAUCUGUUUCAUGAGGAGGGUGUGUUCAACUACUCCACCAUGUUGCUGAAUGAAGACUUGGGCCUGCUUGUGCUCGGUGCCAGGGAGGCACUUUAUGCACUUGACCUCAAUGACAUCUCAAAGAAACUUGCUUCAGUGAAAUGGGAAGUGACACGAAAUCAACAAGAUGCAUGUCAAGGCAAAGGAAAAAAUCCUGAGACUGAAUGCAAGAACUAUAUAAGGAUCCUGCAGAAGUUGAAAGACAACAGAAUGUACGUGUGUGGAACUAAUGCUUUCGAUCCAGAGUGUGAUCAUAUGUCAUUUGAGGAUGGAAAGCUGAUACUUGAGAAAAAACCAGAGGACGGGAAAGGAAAGUGUCCAUUUGAUCCCUUUCAGAGAUAUGCCUCCCUCAUGGUUGAUAAUGACCUAUACUCAGCCACCUCAGUGAAUUUCCUGGGCUCUGAACCUGUUGUGAUGCGCAGUUCUCCUGUGUCUGUACGCACCGAGUUCAAGAGCACCUGGCUGUUUGAGCCCAAUUUUGUUUCCAUGGCCUUAAUGGAAGAGAGUAAGCACAGCAAUCGGGGAGACGAUGACAAGGUGUACAUUUUCUUCAGUGAGACAGCUGUGGAGUACGACUGUUUCGACAAAUCCGUGGUGUCUCGUGUGGCCCGUGUCUGCAAGGGGGAUAUUGGAGGCUUGAGGACCUUGCAAAAGAAAUGGACGUCCUUUCUGAAGGCCAGAAUAGACUGUCCUGUGCUGCACUCUCAGCUGCCACAUGUUAUCCAGGAUGUUUACCGCUGGUGUGGGCCCCAGCAGCGUUGGAAGGACUGCCUGUUCUUUGCCAUCUUCACACCACAGUCUGACACAUCCGAUCUGUCUGCAGUGUGUUCGUACCGUGCCUCAGACAUCAGCACAGUGUUCAGAGAGGGGAAUUACAAAACCCCAGUACAUGUAGAAACUUCCUUUGUUAAAUGGGUGAUGUAUAGUGGAGAAGUCCCCGUCCCUCGUCCUGGAGCUUGUAUCGACAAUGAAGCUCGUGAAGCAGGCAUAAGUCAGACGUCAGACCUCCCAGACCAGACCCUUCAAUUUAUUAGAGACAAGCCUCUCAUGGACCAGACUAUUCAGCCAAUAGGAGGAAAGGCCGAUCUGGUGUGGAGAGGAGCUCGAUUUACACGCAUCAUAGCUGACCAAGUGGAGGCCGCAGAUGGGCGGAAAUACCGCGUGAUGUUCAUAGGUACAGAGGAAGGUACCUUGCUGAAAGCUGUGAACUACGAUGGAGAAAUGUUUAUUAUUGAGGAAGUACAGCUCUUCGAGCACCCGGAUCCAGUCAAGAUUCUGCAGUUCUCUAAUCGCACGAGACACAUCUAUGCAGGAUCAAACCAUGGAGCAGUGCAGAUUCCACUGUCCACCUGUGGGCGGUCCCUAUCUUGUGUGGACUGUGUUCUAGCCAGAGACCCGUACUGCGGCUGGGACACACAAACGGAAAAAUGUGCUGCUCUUUCUGAUGCACAAAGUCAGCUCAUCCAGAGUGUGCUACAUGGAGAUGCCUCUCUGUGCCCAGAUUCUGACAAUGUGAAAUUUGUCAAUCAGUCCAUCUGGCAAGGCAGCAGACAUAAGCUACACUGCCCGAAUCCUUCCAACCUUGCAAAACCCAUCUGGCAGCGGGACACCGUCCCUGUUGUCAAUUCAGCUCACCUGCAGCUUCUACCUGACGGACUGCUUAUUCUCAACGCCUCGGACUCAGACGGCGGUUUAUAUCGCUGUUUAUCUGUAGAGCACUCCAGAGCAAAUGAGUACACCACAGCUGUGGUCGAGUACCAAGUCAGCAUCAUUCCAGUGGACACCCGCAGCAGAAAUCACAUAACGAGCCCUGAGCCCCAGACAGGGGGUCCCUCUGUGUCUGGACUACAGGCGGCAGUGGCGGUCCUUGUGAUUCUUCUUGCUGCUCUUUUAGGCUGGAACCUUUACAAAGGCCACUUACCCCUGUCCUGUAGACGUAAGAAACAAGAACAACCACAACUCAGCUCCAGCGCAACGCACCAGCACACGGAGCAAAAGCCCCUGACGCCUGGAAGAGCCGACAGCAGCACCAAGAACAACUACACCAGCAGUGAGGCGGAAUCUAACAACGACGAGCAGCACAACGAUUCUGUGAAAGUUAUCUUAAAGUCUCUGCAGAGUGUGGAUGAGGAGUCAGAGAUUUAAAAAUCAUAAGCACAGUACUUUUUCUAAAUUACUCAUCAAAUAUGAUGACUAAAAAUGACUUUUUGUUCUAGUGUAAUCAAAACAAAUGACUAAAAAGUGUUUGGUUUAAUGCUACAUUUCUAAUGCAGUAAAUUCCAAGUUGAGAUUGUCAAGUUCUAUGAAACUACUUUUUUUAAUGCAACUGAUUGAUACAUUUGAGCUCCUGUUUUACUUUACUACUUUAUUUUCUAGAGUGAGUGACUAUUUUUCACUAACUGUGCCUAAUCCAAAUAUUCAGAUAUGAGCUGGUGAGCCGUAAAGAGGACUAACCCACAAAAAAAUGAACUUUUUUUUUUAAGCUAAUGAAUAAUAAUAUUCCAAAUAUUUUUUGGAUAUAAUUCAUAUAUUUUAUAGUUCCUAAAAAAUUCUCACAUUGUAAUUUUUUUUUUUUUUGUAUGUGUCUUUUCCCUGAACUUUAAAAGGCCAAUAUCUCAGCAUGUCCGUCAGGUUGGAGAGCCAACUUUACUUCUCACUGGCUCAUAAUACGUCAGUUUUAUUUGUAUUAUUCUACAGGGGGAAGUUACUGAAAUUGACCUAUUUCACUCCCAGAUGCUACAAAGACUUUGUGGAACUGUAGUAAAACUUUUCUACUUGGUAUGCCAGUAGCUUGCACAUCUAGCCGAUUCUCAACGAGACCGGACUUGCCAAGAAUGUCUGAAGCACAGAUGUGGAAAUUGUUUGCAGUUUUGAGUUAGUUCCGCUGUACUUCUGUCAAUUCUAUCCUUGAGGAUGGUCUCUUUUUGAAUAGUGAAAGUUUUUCCACAUGUUUGAAGUGUUAUAAAAUGAAACCUUACUAUUCCAUCCCAAGCAGAUGCAUAUCUCCCAGUGGCAGCUUGCAACAAACACAAUAAAAUGGCUUUUGAAUGUAUAGUUUCAAGACUACAUAAGUAAAA